AUGGGUAUUCACACCAAUCUAAUGAUGGAAAUUAUCCAUGAGAGUGAGCAUCAUUGCAGUGGUGUAUUCAGUCAAGGAUUUAAAGUAACUUUAUCAACACCUGGCGAAGCAUUACAAACAUCAAGAAAAUAUUUUCGAUUGCCCCUUUCCCAUGUUAAUUCGAUUCAUAUUGUACCCGAGAUAACCAUAACUACUGAAAAAUUACGUAAUUUCAAGCCGUCACAACGAAAAUGUUUCUACUCGUAUAGCUCUUCGGAGCGUCAAUUGUAUUUCUUAAAAAUAUACACACAAAUCAAUUGUGAAGAGGAGUGUUUGGCAAAUUUUACCAAGAAUUUGUGUAGAUGCGUGAAAUUUUAUUGUUAUGAAUUUCAUAUUUAUAUCAUAGGAGAGAUGAGUACAAAAAUUUGUGGAACAGCAAGGAUACAGUGCUUAGAAGCAGCACAAAAGAAACUGCAAACCCCAUUGAACGGACGGGUCUUUCGUAAUGGAUGCAAUUGUAUGCUAACUUGUACAUUUAUCAAAUAUAAAGCGCGUUUUAAUCGGAGUCCAAUUAAUUCAUGGGACUAUAAUGAACGUGGAAGAAAAUGGAAAUAUAGGCAUGCAACACUUGUUGGUUUCGCAUUUGAAAAGGAUUUGAUGAAGACAGACAAAAUUAUUGAAACGUAUACAAUUGUGGAUUCUUUGGCUGUUUGUCGUGGUUUGCUUGGAUUAUUCAUGCGCAUUAAGCAUCAUUGAACUGAUUUUUUACGCCACACUUCGGCUUUUCUGGAGACUGCGUCAAAAUCGACAAAUUGCUGUGACACCACUUGCUUCAACGAGUAAUCGGAACCGUAUCUAAUGCAAUUUGAACAAAACCAAUCCGUCGAAAC